AUGUACCUUACCUCUCUUAUCAUAACCACAAGCCUGGCCUUAAUCUUCUUACUUCUUCUCUACCCCGUCAUUAUGACUUUUGUACCUAGCCCCCAAAACACCAACCACUCCCCCAUCCAAGCCAAAACAGCAGUAAAACUUGCCUUUUUUGUUAGCCUAACCCCCCUCUUCCUCUUUAUCAACGAGGGAGCCGAAACCAUUACUACAACCUGGUCAUGGGCCAACACCUUGACAUUUGACAUCAAUAUUAGCCUCAGCCUCGACCUCUACGCUAUCAUCUUUGUACCGGUUGCCCUAUAUGUAACCUGGUCUAUCCUAGAAUUUGCCUCAUGAUACAUGCACGCAGACCCACUUGUAGACCGAUUUCUAAAGUACCUUCUAAUUUUUAUCAUUGCAAUAAUUGUCCUCGUAACCGCCAACAAUCUCUUCCAACUCUUCAUUGGCUGAGAAGGAGUGGGAAUCAUGUCUUUCCUUCUCAUCGGAUGAUGAUACGGGCGAGCAGACGCUAACACCGCAGCUCUCCAAGCAGUUAUUUAUAACCGAAUCGGAGACAUCGGAUUAAUCCUUGCCAUAGCCUGAAUCGCAACAAACCUAAACUCCUGAGAAAUCCAACAAAUCUUCAUUACAGCUAAAAAUUUUGAUAUAACCCUUCCCCUCCUAGGCUUAAUCUUAGCCGCAGCCGGCAAGUCCGCACAAUUUGGCCUUCACCCCUGACUACCUUCCGCGAUAGAAGGACCCACACCAGUAUCUGCUCUUCUCCACUCUAGCACGAUAGUCGUAGCCGGAAUCUUUCUCCUAAUCCGCCUCUUCCCCCUUAUAGAAGGGAAUUCAACAGCCUCAACCACAUGCCUAUGCCUAGGAGCCCUAACUACCCUCUUUACUGCCACCUGUGCUCUCACUCAAAACGAUAUUAAAAAAAUUGUUGCAUUCUCUACAUCAAGCCAACUAGGCCUAAUAAUAGUAACAAUCGGCCUAAACCAGCCUCAACUUGCCUUCCUACAUAUUUGCACCCAUGCUUUUUUCAAAGCAAUACUCUUCCUAUGCUCCGGCUCAAUCAUCCACAGCCUAAACGACGAACAAGAUAUCCGCAAGAUAGGCGGAAUACACACCCUUACCCCUUUUACCUCCUCUUGCAUAACCCUCGGCAGCCUAGCCCUAACAGGAACCCCAUUUCUAGCCGGCUUCUUCUCUAAAGAUGCAAUUAUCGAAGCAAUAAACACAUCCUAUUUAAACGCCUGAGCCCUAGUCCUUACACUUCUCGCUACUUCCUUCACCGCCGUCUACAGCCUGCGAAUAAUUUUCUUCGUAUCAAUGGGCUCCCCCCGAUUCAGCCCCCUUUCUCCUAUCAACGAAAAUAACCCAGCAGUUAUUAACCCUAUCAAACGCCUAGCCUACGGGACCAUUAUUGCAGGCCUACUAAUUACCUCAAAUAUGCUACCAAUCAAGACACCAGUAAUGACAAUACCUCCAGUGCUCAAACUUGCCGCCCUCGCUGUCUCUAUCCUCGGCGCCCUGACGGCCCUAGAGCUCGCCUCCCUCACCACCAAACAAUUCAAAUCCGCCCCCAACCUCACACUUCAUCACUUUUCAAAUAUGCUUGGUUUCUUCCCUGCAAUCACCCAUCGUUCCCUGCCCAAACUAACUCUUCUACUAGGCCAAUCAAUUGCCAGUCAAACAAUCGACCAAGCCUGACUAGAAAAGACCGGCCCCAAAUCCCUCGUAGAUCUUAAUACCCCCGUAAUCUCAACAACAAGUAAUAUCCAACAAGGCAUAGUCAAAACUUACCUCUCAUUAUUCUUUUUUACCACCAUCCUCGCCACACUCCUCUUAAUCUACUAA